AAACUCCCCACACUCAUUGAAUGUGACAUGAUACCUGAUGACAGGUCAGAAAUUCCAACACCUGAGAUUAUACAGCAUUUCCCUCAUCUGAUAUCCUUAACAGACAAGAUCCCAGCACUUGACCCUAACGCACAAAUACUUCUCUUGUUAGGAAGAGACAUUCUGAAGGUGCACAAAGUACGUGAGCAGAUUAAUGGGCCUCACAACAGUCCUUAUGCACAACAUUUAGACUUAGGUUGGGUCAUAGUUGGGGAAGUAUGCUUAGGAGGAGCUCAUAGACCAGCAGAUGUGAACUCUUUCAAGACAAAUGUGCUGCCUAGUGGGCGCACUUCUCUGUUCAGCCCAUGCACUAGCUAUAUACAGGUAAAAGAGACUUUUAAUGCUUGUAAACAACAGUCAUACACCCCCUCAUUGUGUUAUUUAGGAACUGCAACUCACAAUGUGGGCAGUUUAGAUGAUAAUGUGUUUGUUACUACUCCAAACGAUGACAAACCUGCUAUGUCUAUUCAAGAUGGUAUGUUCCUUGAUGUAGUUGAAAAAGAGAUGUUUAUUGAUGAAGCAAAUUACUGGGUAGCGCCCCUACCAUUUCGCUCACCUCGACUUAGACUACCAAACAACUUAGAGCAAGCCCAGGAAAGACUACUUGCUCUACAGCGUUCCUUUGUGAAAAAACCUGAAAUGAAAGAACAUUUUGUUAACUUUAUGCAAAAGAUUUUUGACCACGACCAAGCAGAACCUGCCCCACCAUUGGAAGCAGGUGAGGAGUGUUGGUACCUACCAAUCUUUGGUGUCUAUCACCCUCAGAAGCCAGGACAGAUCAGAGUAGUUUUUGACUCAAGUGCUCAGUUUGAAGGCAUCUCGCUGAAUGACACACUCCUCAGUGGGCCUGAUUUAAAUAAUACACUACUAGGUGUCCUUUUACGUUUCCGCAAAGAGCAAGUUGCAAUUACCACUGAUGUACAACAAAUGUUUUACUGUUUCAUGGUUAGAGAAGAUCACCGUAACUAUUUGAGAUUUCUUUGGUUUCGUGACAAUGACCUUAACAAAGAAAUUACAGAGUUCAGGAUGAAGGUACAUGUCUUUGGAAACAGCCCUUCUCCAGCCAUAGCCAUUUAUGGUCUAAGACAAAUAGCAAAGCAAGGAAAGAGUGAGUAUGGCGAAGAUGUAGAACAGUUUAUCUUGAGGAAUUUCUAUGUAGAUGAUGGACUUGCAUCUGUGCCUACUGAAGCUGAAGCAGUCAGUCUCCUGCAGAGAGCUAAGGACAUGCUCGCAGGAUCAAAUCUCAAGCUACACGGAGUGGCAUCCAACAAAGGUCCAGUAAUGGAAGCAUUUCCUGCAGAUGACAGAGCUAAAGAUCUAAAGGACCUUGUUUUAGGUGUCGAUCCUCUACCCCUCCAAAGGAGCUUAGGAGUAAGUUGGAACUUACAGACCGACAGUUUCACUUUUCAAGUCUCUAAAGAGGUAAAACCUUUCACACGGAGAGGUAUCCUAGCUACAGUAAACAGUCUUUAUGACCCACUUGGGUUUGCAUCUCCAAUCACUAUGCAAGGUAAAUCUUUAGUCAGAGAACUCUCAAAAGACCAAUGUGACUGGGAUUCCCCACUCUUACCAGAUAGAGAAGCUCAAUGGAGAGCAUGGACAGAAGGCCUGAUCCAUCUUGAAGAUCUCAGUAUUCCCAGACCCUAUGUGCCAGUGUCACUAUCGUCCACAGUAAGAAAGGAGGUAUGUGUUUUUUCUGAUGCUUCUACUGUAGUGAUAGCAGCUGUGGCAUAUCUCAGAGUCAUAGACAGUAGCGGUCAAUGUCAUGUAGGCUUUAUUAUGGGCAAAUCUAAACUAGCUCCAAGACCAGCCCAUACAGUGCCAAGUCUAGAAUUAUGUGCAGCUGUUUUGUCAGUUGAGCUAGCUGAACUUAUUACUGAAGAAAUGGACAUUGAACUUUAUGCAGUUAAAUAUUACACUGACAGCAAAAUUGUGUUAGGUUAUAUUCACAAUACUUGUAGGAGAUUUCAUGUAUAUGUCUCAAACAGAAUAAUUCGUAUUAGAAAAUCUACUAAUCCAGAUCAGUGGCAUUAUAUUAACACCAGUCAGAAUCCAGCAGAUCAUGGUACUAGACCAAUUCAGGCAGCUCACCUAAAACAUACCAACUGGUUCUCAGGCCCAGAUUUCUUACAUCAGGCAGAUACAAGUGAUCAAUCUGAAGCUGAAGUAUUUGACCUCAUUGAACCAGAUUCUGACAGUGAGAUCAGACCUGAAGUGACAGCUUUAAUAACUGAAGUGUAUGAACGCCAGUUAGACUCACAUAGAUUUCUCAGAUUCUCAAAGUGGAAGUCUCUUGUGAGAGGUAUAGCAACACUUAUUCACAUUGCUAAGUCAUUUUCCAGCAGCACUCAAAAGGAGUCGUGUACAGGCUGGCAUUGUUGCAAAGGGUUAUGCCAUUCCUUAGAUUUCUUGCAAGCUGAAACAGUGACUAUCAAAUGUAUCCAAACAUGGAAAUAUAGAAAAUGGAAAGAGAAACAAACGUUCAAGAAGGAGAUCUUGUAUUGUUGAAAGACUCUCAAGUAAAGCGCAAUGGAUGGACAAUAAGUCUUAUUGUAAAAGCCAUUCCUAGUGGUAUGGUAGAGGUCAAAAUCAUUAAACAAGAGACUGCUAAAGUAUUCCUUAGACCUGUGUCAGAUUUAAUUGUUCUUUUUCAAAGUAAAAGUUAUCUGGUUGAAUUUAAUAAUAAUUUAUAGAUCAUAUAAUAGUGGUAUAUGUCUAUACCAGGCGGGGAGUGUUCUGUCUAUUAUAUGCUUAUUAUGUUUAUGUUGAUGCCAUCUGGUGGUUUCAUGUUGCAAUUACAGCUUGGUUCCUCUCAAGAAUAAAUCAGGAAGUGUCCUGUCCUGUGUUAAUAAAGUUUGUUAAUAAAAAGUUACUUUCAGUUUCUCAGCAGCCAUCUUAGCUUCUAGAAGCAUGAAAUCAGCUCUUCACAUUGCCUAUAAACAUACAUAUGCCUUUUUACAAAAUAACUAUUCAGAAGUAAAAUCAGUUUGGAAUAAACACAAA